GGCUCCAAUGUUUACAACCACACAAUCUCAGUUUUCAGUCAAAGCGCUGAUCUGCCGGUUAAUGUAACACAUUUAUCACCUUGCAGAAAACAUGUUCUGUAGUUGCUAGGAUUUUCACAUCAUCGGGGGCCCCAUUCACAAGAUUGGCUACUUGCAGUCCAGCCACAAAAUAAACCAUGAAGAAGAGAAGCAGGUACCCAAGGACAACAGAAUCUCAGCAGACUGACAGCGUGCAGAAGGCAGGAGACGUAAGUGAGGAGAAGAGGCCAUCUCGCAACAGAGGGAGACCCCGAAAGACUGAUGCCUGGACCACGGACAGGUUCUGUCAUGACAGUGCAGUAACAGACAAGGCUGCUAACUCAGACUUCAGCGUGACAGGCGAUGAUGCACAGAAGAAUCUAGAGAACAUAUCCAGAUCUUCAGGUAGAAUAUCCACUGCCAUCUGUCGCCUCUGCCAUGGGAAGUUCUCGCCCCGCAGUCUGCGGCACGCCUUCGACAAAUGGCCUCAGGAUGCCAUGGAGAUUGUUGGUGAGGCGGAUGCUGCCUCCCAAUCAGCCCUUCUGUUCCAAACAGACUUCCAGCGCUUGGUGGGGGUCCAGCUGGACCGUGAUCCCCAGCUAUCGGAGUUUAUCUGCAAAAAAUGCCACGCAAAGUUCUACAAGUGCCACAGCAUCCUGAUCCGCUUUCUGCAGAGAGUAAACAUCCCACCUGUGGGAAAAGAGAACCUUAAAAGCCGAAAGAAUGCAACAUGUCCAGAAACAUCUACGAACUUCAGUUCAAGAACACCACCAUUCUUCACUUCUGACCCUAAGUGCCUCCACAGUCUGGUGUCCUGGGCGCACCACCAUGGAGAGACCUGCCACUCCUGCCCCGACUUGAAGGAGGUGCUGGAGGGCGAGUGCUGGGGCUCCGUUAAGGCUGUGUGGGGUUGCGUAGACGGUCACAGAUACAUCAUGGACACUCGGUGCACUACUUCUUCCUACCCAAGCCCCACAGUGAACUUCAGUAGUGGAGAUUUAAGGAGUGGCAAUGGUGAAGGACUAAUGUCAGAGGAGGAACGGGCACAGGAGGAUGAGGACGAUGAGGAAGAGCAGCUUGGUGCAAAUGGAAAGACCUCAGCAGGUACUGUAAACGCUGUGGUCCACCGACAUCGACCAGCAGUCGCCGCACAGACGCAGACCUCAGCGCUGGAUGACUGGACUGGCUGCAGUGAAGAUAAUGCCGGUCAUGAAGGGACAAUUUCUCCAGCUCUGGCCAAGCUGGAGGACAGGACUGCUGACAGUGAUCUAUCCGACAGGGUCAUCUCUGAGGAUGAGGAGAGUAGAAAAGGAAGCCUAUCAGACGAAGAGCUGUUUAAGCAGGACAAGAGAGGUCGCAGGGUGAACCUUCCCAACAAGAGAAGACAAAGCCCCAAGUCACAAGAGGAGCCUAAAAUCAGAAAGAAACCUGGACCCAAACCAGGCUGGAAAAACAAGUUCAAGCCGAAAGGAGAGGAGCUUCCCAACAUCUACAAGUGUCCAUAUCAGGGCUGUACAGCAGUCUACAGAGCUCCCGAUGGUUUGAAGAAGCACAUCAAAGAGCAUCAUGAGGACAUGAGGGAGCGGCCGUGUCCUCACCCAGGCUGCAACAAGGUUUUCAUGAUCGAUCGCUACCUGCAGCGACACAUAAAGCUCAUCCACACAGAGGAGAGGAACUACAUUUGUGACCAGUGCGGUCAAACCUUCAAACAGAGGAAACACCUGUCAGUCCACCAGAUGCGACAUUCAGGAGCAAAGCCACUCCAAUGUGAGGUUUGUGGAUUCCAGUGUCGCCAGCGAGCAUCGCUAAAAUACCACAUGACCAAACACAAGGCUGAGGCGGACCUGGAGUUUGAGUGUCUGAGGUGCAGGAAGCGGUUCGAGAAGGCCCACAACCUGAACGUCCACAUGUCCAUGGUCCACCCGCUGAUUCAGGCCGAGGCUCAGAGGGACAGCAGCCAGCAGCCGUACGAAGACCUGCACACCAUCACACUGACUGGAGAAGUGGUCCAACAUGACCAAGACAGAUGACAUCAGCGAGAUCAGGAUCAGCUCUCCUGCAGAUGUGCAAAUGCUGCCAUGCAGGAACUGGUCCAGAUCUCCAGAAUGGCUCCAGGGUCUCACACAAAACACCACCAUGGUACCGCAGUGCAUUUCACUGGAGAGUGACUGAAUGUGCCCUUCGAGACAUUACCACAAACUGACUUUCAUUCCAAACUUAAUUAUUUUUGUUAGUAUAUUUUCUGACUGAGCUUUAAACAAAGUUAAGUACAUUUCCCUUGGUUUUAAAGCUUACAAAUGCUGCAGAGGAUGACCGAUCAACCGAAGUGAGGCCUUUUUUUGCCAGAAAGUCAAUUGGAAUCUGUAUUUUUAGGAAGAAAUGCCGUUAAACUGUUUCACACUGACAAACCUAUAAAGAAAGUUUUAAAGGGGACCUAUUCUGGCAUCUAAUACCUAUUUUAAACAGGCCUUGAAUGUCUUAAAAACAAGCUUUUGAUUGUUUUUGCUAAAUAAAUUAAAAAUUCA